ACGUUUUGUCCGAAUUCUCUAAUUGCAUUAAUUCUCCAAAUGGCCGCCCUUGUGUUGUACUUGCUGAUGCAGAGAAGAUUUGGAUUUUAUAAAUAUGAACAAAGCAUUCCGUGUUUUACAUUCCUCUUCAAAUCCACUUUUGAUUACGUUGGGAAAUGGUAAGUUUUACCACCGUGCAGACCAAGGACCGUGUUUGGACACGGGUGCUUAUGCUUCAGCAUUAAAAUUUGCUGUUGAGGAUGCUGGAAGGUGCUGUGAGCAUCUUGUGAUUGGAAAACCAGAAGAAACUUAUUUUAUGUCUGCAGUUGAAGACCUUGGCUUGACAAAAGAACAGGUUGUAAUGAUUGGUGAUGACAUUUCUGGAGAUGUUGAUGGAGCACAAAAAGUUGGAAUCAAGGGGAUACAAGUUCGGACUGGGAAAUGGAGACCGGAAUGGGAAAAACAUCCUACAAUCAAACCUGAACUUAUUGUUGAUAAUCUUUUGAAAGCUGUCUCACUUAUCUUGGAUAGUCAGCAAAGACUUAAGAAUUAA